UUUCCCUGGAAGAAUCCCAGUUCGAAUCUCCGCCAUUAACCCAGGAGAAGGUGCUGGAGCUGAUUGAACAGGCCUAUCCCAAUCCCGUCCCCGAGGAUCUGGCCAAGGACUAUGGCUGGAGCGAGCAGGAUGUCCUGUUGGUUAUUCAAUCGCUGCAGGAGCGUGGUCUUAUCAAGUUGAUGGAAUACAAUGCGUACACUCGCAUCCAUCACGAGGACAAGGAGAUCAAGGUGGUCAAGCAAAUGCCCACGAUUGCCUCCAAUAAGCAGCCCACCAUAGCCAUCAUUACGGCCCAGUAUUGUGAGAAGUUGGCCGUUGAUGCAAUGCUCGAGAACAAGGAGACAUUCGUCCGAUACACAACAGUCGAUUCCGAUCCCAAUCUAACGAACUCACUAAGAAAGUCCAAAAAGAAACGAAGAUUCGGCGAAUCGAACGUUUAUACUUUGGGCAACAUUGGAGCCCACAGAAUCGUGAGCACCAAGCUGCCAUCGGUGGGCAGCACAAGGGAGGCGAUGACGGCGACUGGAAAUACCACAACCCGUCUGCUGGGCACAUUCCAGAAGGUGGACUUCGUUUCAUUUGGGUGUGGCGGCGGUGUGCCGCACUACACAGAUUACAAGAAGCAUGUGCGGCUGGGCGAUGUGGUCAUCUCGUAUGUGGACAAGCAGAGGGCACUGAUUAGCAAUAGCAAGGAGAAGCCGUACGUGUACGUUUACAAGAGCGGCGAGGAUGUGAAGACCUACUUCCCCAUCAACGAUUCACUGCAGCUGAUCGCCGAGAGUCUGCAGGCCAAUAUGCUAGUGAAGCGGCCGUGGGAGACCUACCUGAACCAGGCUCAACAGACGCUCGCCCAGAAGACGGAGAGCGACUUCAAUCGGCCGGACGCGAGGACAGACAAGCUGUUCAUGAAUAUCGGCAACAAUGAGGUGAUCGAGGUGGCCCAUCCCAUAGCGGCUGAUGAGCUGGACGGCGUUCCCCGUUUGCGCCUGCACCUGGGCCCCAUUGGUUCGGGCAGGGAUCUGGUACGAAGCGACGAGCUGCGCACUGAUUUUGCCCGGAAGUACGGCCUGCUGGCCACCGAUGUGGAGAUGAGCAGUGUACUCGACAGCAUCAUCGGUAACUGCAGGGAGAGCUUCAUCCUGGUGAAGGGCAUUGCCGACUACAAGGACGGCAUGUCCACUCGGAAGUGGCAGAAUUUCGCAGCUCUUUCGGCGGCCGCCGUCGUCAAGUCGGUCAUCUGCGGCAUGGAUGCGCCCACGAACGUGUAGGGAUCCGGAAUGAGGCACGAUGUCCGCCUUUUCCUCUUUACGCAAUCCUAGCAUUUAAAUACUGUCCUUGAUUUAUCGAAACCCCUAAA